AUGGACCCCUCAUUCAAGAUUGUUCUUGAAGCUCAUGUUUUGCUCAUCGAACACUUCUGGGAACUGCGGGAAAUGAAACAGGGGGAUGUAAUGCUAUCGGACCAAGUGCUCGAGUACCGAUUCCUACAAACCAACCGCUUUCCAGUCAACAUCCACCUGACAAGCCAGGGCUGCGGCAUUUACAUCAUCGGCGGUCCAAAAGCUCCAUACAAGUACUCGGGAUUCGGCCGAUCCAUCUGCCACGAGGACCGACCGACCGACCAUCACCGUAACCUCCCCGCGUCAUUUGGCGCAUUGAGUCCCUUGCAGAGAAUACUCGUCAUCGCCACCGGGCCACGCAUGAUCUUUGCGGCUGUUGUCCUAGCUUCUCAGGACCGUACUCUUCCCCGCCACUACACUUACCUCAUUGACUUCGCCACAAAUCAUCCCCUUACCAUUUCCUCACGGACCUUGCUACGUCCUGCCACGCAAUCGAAGGAAUUGGAUCCGCACUGA